AUGCAUGGCGGAAGUGACUGUGCGGGAACGUCAGUUGGAUACAGAGACUGUGUUAUGGACCCAUGUCCCGUUGAUGGGGGUUGGGGUUCAUGGGGUCACUGGAGCACGUGCAGUGUCACGUGUGGUGUGGGGACUCAAUUACGUCAUCGCUCGUGCACUCACCCUGCCCCUCAACACGGUGGGAUAAGUUGUGUUGGCAGUCCAACCAGUCAGAAGCAAUGCACACACAAUGACUGCCCAUUUACAUGCCCCACCCACUGGGUUCUCAACGGUUCAUCGUGCUACUAUGUUUCAACCACAAUCCAUGCCUGGAGUUAUGGCAAGCAUUACUGCAAAGCCCACAAUUCGUUUCUUGUUGAGAUCGACAAUUCAACUGAGGAUAGCUUUAUACUCCACGAACUCUCUAUCCACCAUAUAGGUAAGAAAGCGGUUCUGUUUGCUGUGACGCAACUUGACAUAAGCCUGAGGGCAAAGAGGAUACAUUACACCCACUGGGCGCCGGGGCAGCCAAAUGGAAACAACACGUAUAGACCAACCGACGACUGUAUAAAUGCCGCCACAUCUCAUUGGUUUGACGAGACCUGUACUAACGCACACCAUUUUGUUUGCGAACAGAACAACAACGACAUCUCCAUCCACUACUUCAACAGCAACAACGACAUCUCCAUCCACUACUUCAACAGCAACAACGACAGCGCCAUCUACUACUUUAACAGCAACAACGCCAUCUCCAUCCGCUACUUCAACAACAUCACUGGUGCCUGGGGCGAAUGGGGUUCAUGGAUGGCUUGUUCCAUCUCCUGUGGCACGGGAUACAGCGCCCGCUACAGGAUAUGCGACUCUUCCGCACCAUUGUUUGAUGGAAAUGAUUGUUUUGGCAGUGCAAGAUCCUACAAACAAUGCAACAUUGGACCUUGCCCAAUUGAUGGUGGGUGGUCGGAAUGGACACCGUUUGGGGUGUGCAGUCGCACAUGUGGGAACAACGCAGUUAAAGAGAGGUAUCGUCAGUGUAACAAUCCUGUAGCGGCCUUCGGCGGCGCUGAUUGUAGCGGUGAACAUUUCCAGAUAGACAUAUGCCCUGUUCGGGACUGCCUAGACGGACACUGGCAAGCCUGGAACUUCUGGAGCGCGUGUGGUACCACGUGCGGCUCUUCUGUCCGCUUUCGAAUGAGAGAUUGCACUCUGUCUAUCAACAAUGGGACAUGUCAGGGGAUUGCAUAUGAUCCAGAGUUCUGCACCGCCGAGUGCCCAGUCAAUGGUGCAUGGUCUGAAUGGUCAGUGUGGGGAACAUGUUCACAAACUUGUGAUACAGGAGUGAAACAAAGAGGUCGGACAUGCGCAAACCCAUCUCCGGCCCAUGGUGGUCAGGCCUGUGUUGGAAAUUCAACUGAUGCUGCACCCUUGGAAGAAGUAGUGGUGGUGGUGAUGUAG